AUGAGUUUAAAAGAGGAAGAAGAAGAAUCAAGAAGCAAAUCAGAAUAUUGCACGAGAGUCCCACCGUCUUCAUCCCCCUACAAGCAAGACGCAGACCAGCAGCGAACUAGUCCAGCGGCGCCCGGCGUGACGGAGGAGGUGGUCAACAGCCUGUACGAGCCCUUUGACCGUCCUGCACCGUCCUGCGUGACGGAGGAGGUGGUCAACAGCCUGUACGAGCCCUUUGACCGUCCUGCACCGUCCUGCGUGAGGGAGGAGGUGGUCAACAGCCUGUACGAGCCCUUUGACCGUCCUGCACCGUCCUGCGUGAGGGAGGAGGUGGUCAACAGCCUGUACGAGCCCUUUGACCGUCCUGCACCGUCCUGCGUGAGGGAGGAGGUGGUCAACAGCCUGUACGAGCCCUUUGACCGACCUGCACCGUCCUGCGUGACGGAGGAGGUGGUCAACAGCCUGUACGAGCCCUUUGACCGCCCUGCACCGUCCUGCGUGAGGGAGGAGGUGGUCAACAGCCUGUACGAGCUCUUUGACCGUCCUGCACCGUCCUGCGUGACGGAGGAGGUGGUCAACAGCCUGUACGAGCCCUUUGACCGCCCUGCACCGUCCUGCGUGACGGAGGAGGUGGUCAACAGCCUGUACGAGCCCUUUGACCGCCCUGCACCGUCCUGCGUGAGGGAGGAGGUGGUCAACAGCCUGUACGAGCCUUUUGACCGCCCUGCACCGUCCUGCGUGAGGGAGGAGGUGGUCAACAGCCUGUACGAGCCCUUUGACCGUCCUGCACCGUCCUGCGUGAGGGAGGAGGUGGUCAAAAGCCUGUACGAGCCCUUUGACAGCCUGCGCCAGCUUCCCCCAGCCGUCACCGUCCCCACACCUCCAGAAAUGAUGAUGACGGUGGUGAAGGUGUAA